AUGUUCUCCCAGUCUCAAGGCGCCUUGGGGUCCGAGUACCAGCAACAGCAAGGUGGAUCCACAACACACACAAUGUCCACCCCGGAGGCCGCAAUGCCCAUCACAAUGCCCCAUAUCCAAAACAUCAAAACUGCCAUGAAGAUGUCCACCCUGUAG